AUGAGUGGGGCAGAGGCUUCACAGUCAGAGGAGCUAAUCCGAGGUAAAUGUGUAAUUAAAGGCAGAUUGCUUGAUGUGCUGUUUGACUCAUGUGCUACGUACUCUUUUGUGUCUGUGGACUGUGUGAAGAGUUACAAUUUGUAUAUAACUAAAUUGUCAUGUAAUGUUAUGGUGACUACCCCUACGGGUAAGCCGGUUGUGACGUCAUGGGUAUGUCUGGGGUGUUCGAUAAUGGUACAUCGUAGGGACUUUGAGGUGGACUUGAUCUAUUUACCUCUUUCGCAAUUGGAUGUAAUUCUGGGAAUGGAUUGGCUGGCUGCCAACCAUGUACUACUGGAUUGUAGAGAGAAGACCUUGAUCUUCGGCGCAGCAAUGAUCACGGCCCCAAGAUUUAUGAGUCAAGGUACAUGGGAGAACAUGGUGAAUGCCAAGGCCUUUAUGGUGAUGUUUUCAAUAAAGGCCGAAAGCGUGGUGGAGCCGGAGUAUAUUCCAAUGGUAAGGGAUUUCUUAGAGGUAUUUCCUGAAGAUGUUUCUGAGCUACCACCUGAGAGGGAGAUGGAGUUUGUUAUCGACCUCAUUCUGGGAGCAAGCCAAAUUUCUGUGGCACCUUAUAGAAUGUCACCGGUGGAACUGGCAGAGGUCAAGAAGCAAGUGAAAGACCUAUUGCAGAAGCAGUUUGCAUGA